ACUAGACGUGGCAGCAGUAUUGUCAGCAGCACUGAGCAUACUCCACUCAGCAGAGAUUUCGUCUACACCCUCCAUCACAAUUUCAAAUCAUGUCUUCUCUACGGCAAAAACAAUGUCGGUGUUGCUAAUGGAGAUGCGCCAGCUGUUAAAGACGACACAUCACCGUCAACGUUGACACUCGUCAACUGUGAUGGCGUGCAAUGCCCUCCACUGCAGAUGUCAGCCGGUCAGCAUUCCCUCGUCUUCCUUACGUCGCUUGAAGCAGGACUAGCUCCAACGCAUCGUCUUGAUCCCCCUCUUUGGGGAGGACCCGGCAAAGGUAAUUCCAUUCCUUCUUACAUUUUUUACUCUUUGAAAAAAGGCAAUCUUUAAGG